CAGCUACUUGUCUGCAAAAUUGAAAAUGUCCAAGAACUCCAUAUGUUAAGUAAACGCCGAAAAGACCAUGUUCCAUGUACUACCACCGACUAUUAUAGUAAUGAUAAUCGGAAGUUUACCGCCACUUCGGCAAGUGUAAGUGUAAGCGAGAUCCAAUGUGAAUUUAUAUCUCUUAAUUUGCUAGAAAAUGCAUAAAAUCCGGGUUUGGCAAUUCUUGUAACAAUCCACUAAUAAUUAUUAUAACAAUGAACAAAUGAAUAUAACAUGAAACAUUUUUAAACAAGAAAACUUCCUAUGUUUGCGUUCCUUCUUCUUUGACGUUACCGGAGCGACGUCCACCUAUACUAUUACCAACAAUAGGUAUCCAAGAUUACACUAGUAGCAGCAAUAGUCUUAGGAGAGAGUUGCUUUACUAUUAGCAGCAUAAAUAAAACACCUUUAGAUGGGAAACUCAUAUGGGAGCAACUGGGAAAGAGUUUUUGAGGUUUAGCCACAGGCUAGUGAUUUCCCCUAUUGACACGGUAUGGCGCUGUUCGCAUAAGUAUGAAAUUGACAUGCGUAAAGUUCGGCGUGCCCACGCGGCGUGGGUUGACAUAAACAAACCAUUGGUUACGUUGAUCGUGUUAUUCCAUCGUGUGUGAUUUUCUCUCUAUUUUUGCAAAUGUUUGUUCUAUCAUCUUAACUUAAGAUUGCUUUCUUAGUUCCGAUCCGCGUGUAGUUAUAGUUUACUUCGUUCGGCAACGUCUUUCGGAGUGUACAAAUUCACUUUUUUGUUGUAUAUAGGACCUUUUCGUAGAAUAGUGCUUUAGUUAUUUAGCAAGAACUUUUAUGUACAUUAAUAUAUUACACGUGUUUAGUUAAAGACUAUAGCUUGUAUUAUGGAUCUUCCAACCAUUAAAUAUAAGAACAAAUGUUCUGUACCAGGCUGUAACGACAAAGUGAGUAAACGUCACCGUUUUCCGAAACAAGAAGGUUUACUUCAACAAUGGUUGCAUGCUAUCCAGUCACCUAAAUUAGCGAACUAUAAUGCAGCGUACAUACGUCGAAGUUGUUUUGUAUGUAGCCAACAUUUCUCUCAAGAAUACUUGUUAUAUGGGACAAGAAAAGGUAUAACGGAAGAUGCUGUCCCAAGCUUAAAUUUACCAGUUGCACCUGAUGUUGCGUCCAUAGUUCCACAAGUGGAAGAUCACGUUACGGAAAAUCCCUCACAAGUUUGCAGCUUUAUAAAUGAACCAUCAACAUCACGUAGUUUGCAAGUUAUACCUAUCCCUGAGAACUUGAAAAUUGCUAAUUUGGAUUGCCCAUUACCAUUGCAACAGUCACUGGAAAAUAUACCAUCCUCACAUCCACAACAGAUUAAAUCAUUACCAUUAUGUAUUAAAAAACGGCGAAGCAUUUUAGAACAAAUUAAUGUAACUCGAACCAAGUUCUUGUCACCACGGUGUAAAAAACUGUACAGUAUGCAGAUACGUGAAAUAGUCAAAACAGCUAAAAUGCAGUCUAAAAUUAACGAUUUUAAAACAAGGCUACGUAAUGCAGAGGUAAUGAUAAACUCGCCCACACAUCUAAAAUUUUUCGAAACUGUGAAUAAAACUACGGAAAUGUUUAUACUCCAACAAGCUAGAACCCAGAAGCAACCACCCCACGGUCGACGAUUUUCAUUGGAUGAAAAAAUAUUUGCUCUAACCUUACUGAAAGCGGGUCCCAAAGUGUUCCGAUUAUUAUCAAAAAUAUUCAGCAUGCCAUCACGGAAAACACUAUUAAAUGUACUAAAUAAAUUACCAUUGCGCCCAGGCAUAAAUAAAUAGCUAUUUAGAAGUUUGGAAUGUGUUGUGGCAAGCAUGGAAGAAAAUCAGAAGAUCGCUGCUUUGGUCUUUGAUGAAAUGGCUAUAUCUCCCUCUGUUACGUACAAUUCCAGUCUGAAAUGCGUAGAUGGACUUGAACAUUGUGAGCAACGAUCACCUCGAAUUGCUACAUAUGCCAAUGUCUUCAUGUUGAAGGGCCUCUAUCGAUAGUGGAAACAACCAUUGGCAUUUACAUUUAGUUCUGGACCUAUUAAAUCAGUUCUAUUGAAGACCAUGAUUAAGAAAAUAAUUGAAGAGUGUCAAGUAAUUGGAGUAGAAGUAAUCGCAACAAUUUGCGAUCAAGGGGCUGCAAAUAGAGCUGCAAUAAAUAGCCUAUUACGGGAUACUGCAGAAUAUUUACAAACACAAGGCAUAGAGAAUCGAUAUCAUGGAUUUCUGAUAAAGAAGCAGGAGGUUGUCCCAUUGUACGAUGUGCCGCAUUUAUUUAAAGGGAUCCGCAAUAAUUUGAUGAAAUACAAUGCACGAUUUACCCAAAAUGAUGUAAUCAAAGUUGCAAAAUGGGAGCACAUUGAGAAGUUUUACCUCUUGGAUACCAUGGACCCCACUCGUCUGUGUGUCAAACUAACGGAUGCACAUAUAUAUGCUAAGCAUAUGAAUAAAAUGAAAGUGUCACUAAUGACGCAAGUAUUUAGCUGGAAUGUUGGCUCACUUAUGAAGCGUAUAUCCCAGUGGAAUAUUGAAUCAGAUUGUAAACUACCAAGAGAAGCAGAAGAAACAGCAGAUUUAAUUUUAUUUCUGGACAGUUUAUUUGACAGUCUUAAUGGGAACAGCAGAUCUGCUCCAAUCAGUAAACCAUUUAAAGCAGGAGUGACGUCUACAUCUCCCCAUAAAUUAUCUUGGACAGAUGCAAUUCGUCUAUUGCAAUCGCUAAAAUUUUGUGAUCAUGAAAAAUCAGUGCAAGUUCCAUCGGUGGUGAAUUUGGUGAAAACUUUGAAAGGUUUUCUUUACCUUCGUUCCAAAUUAGUGCUACGAAUGGAAUAUUUUCUUCCCAGGGCGUUUAACCAAGAUUGUGUUGAAAACUUUUUUGCAGCGAUAAGAAGCUACGGACGUCGCAAUGUCUCUCCCAAUGUGCCCCAUUUUAUUGCUUCUUUUAAAUCGCUGGUAGUCAACAAUUAUAUGUCUUCGCAUUCACCAUCAGCGAACUGUGAAGAAGAUUUCACCACUGGUGUUCUAGACAACUUAAAAUCAUUUUUACUAAAUCAAGACCUUCCUGGUGUUGAGCCACUAGAACCCGCAGUUGCUGUCGAGGUGCCUGUUUCCGCCAUUGCCUAUAAAAGGAGUCCGGUAGCUUCUUCCACAGUAGCGUAUUUUGCUGGGUACAUAGGGAAAAAAAUGAUUAAAAAAACUAAAGGCUGUGAAAGUUGUAACAAUAAACUAAGUUACAGUGAUGGGAAUGUUCCCAUGGAAGUGAUAGAAGCCAGACAAUAUCCAGGAUCGAAAUUGUAUAGGCCAGGAAGCUAUUUAUUUUUCAUUUGUGGGCAAGUAUUAUCUCGCUCUUUAUAUAUAAUUCCUAGGCACUGCGCUAAGGAUAAACUCAGUGAUUUUUUGUUAACACAUUUAAUGCACACUUUGAACUUUAAUAGCUUCAAUUGCCCAUCUCACCCUAAUUUAGGAAAGCUCAUUGUUUCAUUUUUAGUAAGAUGCAUCCUGUACUUUUGGUGCAAACAAGUUAACCGUAUUUUAACAGGAAAAGAUACAAAAUUUGAACGGUUUUUAAAAUUAACAUCUAAUCUAUCUCUAGUAGAUCCAAUAAAAUUGCAUGCCCAUAAUCUACAUUUACAGAAAUGUAAAUAUAAAAAAUAGUUGUACUAAUACUUUGUAAAUAUUGUUUGUCGAUGUAGUGUUUAGUGUAAGUACCUUUUAGUAUAGUUGUAAUCUCGGUUGUAAUCGUACAAGUUAUAACGUAAUUACUCAAAUUCAAGUAUAAAGCAUUAUAUUUUGUAAAGCAAGUAUACAGUACGCAAAAUAAAUUCGCUUUCUAAUA